GCAGCGGGAAGGAGCGGACGGCUCAUAGGCUGCUGUGGUGUGUGUGUGUGUGUGUUGAUCAGUGGAAUGAAGCGCACGGACAGACAGGCAGAGAGGCAGGCGGGGGAAGGCUGAAUUAUUACCACAGCUCCACAUGGAUGAGGAUUAAUUCAUUGGAUUUUCACACAAUUACGUCUCAACACACACACACACGCACGCACGCGCGCACACACACACACACACACACACACACACACACACACACACACACACACACACACACACACACACACACACACACACACACACACACGUCUGUUAGCUGGAAGAUGCUGCAUUAGCUCAUAACAAGCCACUGUCUCCCUAGAUGACCGUGGUGAGUCAGCCAGGCAGGAGAUGCAGAGGGCGAGAGAGAGAGGGGGAUGAAGGAGGCUAGAGGAGAAGAGGAACAGGAACGGAUUCCGCCGCUGCCGCUGGUCGCGAGGAGCACCUGGUAUGAGAGGGGAUAGAGUGUUUCCUAGAGAGGAGGAAGGGGAGGAGGGAUGGAGAGGAGGCCGUCGUGCAGUGACAGGCUAUGAUGGCUCCUCGCUCCCCGGGAGAGUCAGAGACAGAAACACAGCGGCUGGGGAAGGACAGGAGGUAUUUGGAAAGUGACGUGGGAUCAGAGGAGGGUGUCUUUUGGUUUGGGACGAAAGGAACGGGAGUAACAUGGCCGCUCAGUCUGAUGGAGGGGGAUGGGGAGAAACGGGGGAGGGGGUGUUUGAUGGAGACACAGAGGGAGACUGUCAGCCUCUGGAAUCUGCAGCCAUUCACAUCUGUCUCUGUUGCCACUCUGCUGUCUGCUAUUGGGGCUGUCGCUCCAACUGCCUGGGAAACCUGCUGGGGGAGGACACUACUGGAGGGAUCGGAGGGACCGGAGUUGGCAGGGGUAGCGGUUUAAGGGAGACUCGCUGCCCGCCAGAGGAGGGCCUGUGGCUGGACUGUCUCUGGCUGAUCCUGGCUCUCCUCGUCUUCUUUUGGGACGUGGGAACAGACCUACUUCUCGCUGCAGACUACUACACCAGACAGGACUAUCUGUGGUUUGGUCUGACACUUUUUCUUGUGCUGGUGCCGUCGAUGGUAGUUCAGAUCCUGAGUUUCCGCUGGUUCAUCCAGGACUACAGCGGAGAGUGUAUGACAACCUGGCUGGGGACAGUAGACUGCAGCAAGGGAGGAGAGAGAGAAAAGCUGACCAGGCGAGGGCCAGCCGACCAAAGAUGGGUUUAUCCCGGGACAGACCGGGUAAGAGUGGCCUCAGUGUGGCUGUGGCAGAUCACCAUACACAUUCUACAGCUGGGACAGGUCUGGAGGUAUAUCCGUACGUUGUACCUGGGUAUCCAGUCCCACCGUAUGAAGGAGCUUAAGGAGGCCCAGAGGAGGUUCUACUGGGCCAUGAUGUUUGAGUAUGCAGACGUCAACAUGCUGCGGCUACUGGAGACCUUCCUGGAGUCAGCUCCUCAACUAGUACUGCAGCUCUGUAUUAUGAUACAGCAGAACCGUGCUGAAACUCUACAGUGUAUAUCUAGUCUAGGCUCUCUUCUGUCUCUAUCCUGGGUGUUGGCUUCGUACCACAAGCUCCUGCGUGACUCCAGGGACGACCAGCGCAGUCUGAGUUACCGCGGUGCCCUUCUCCACCUUCUCUGGCGCCUCUUCACCAUCUCCUCCCGCGUUCUCUCUCUCGCCCUCUUUGCCUCCCUCUUCCACCUGUACUUUGGCAUCUUUGUGGUGCUCCACUGGUGUGGCAUGGCACUGUGGGUGGUGCAUGGAGGAACAGACUUCUGUAUGUCUCGCUGGGAGGAGGUGCUGUUUAACAUGGUGGUGGGCAUCGUCUACAUCUUCUGUUGGUUCAACGUCAAGGAGGGACACACCAGGGGACGCAUGGUUGCUUACUACUCUGUGGUACUGGCUGAGAAUACACUUCUCACCGGACUGUGGUAUGUGUAUCGUGACCAUGCAGACACAGACAACUACGCGGUGCCAGCGUUGUGUGGUGUCUACCUGUCCUUUGCGGGUGGAGUACUGGUGAUGCUUCUAUACUACGGCCUUCUCCACCCCUCACACACACACCCCACCCCGGCCUCAACCUGCUGUGACGAGCUGCUGUGGGGUAACCCCCUGCCCCCCUCCGCCCCGCCAACCCCAGCCCACCUGGUCACCCCUUCCCACAGUGAUGACGUCAUCGCAGACAGCUGUCUGCCGGUGUUCCAGGUGCGUUCAGAGCCCCCCACCUCACGCCAUUUCGAGGGUCCUCUGAUAAAGAUUGACAUGCCCAGGAAACGUUACCCAGCCUGGGAUGCUCACUAUGUGGACAGACGGCUGCGAAGAACCAUCAACCUACUGCAGUACCUGACACCUGCAGCCGCAGGCAUUCGAUACAGGGACAGAUCUCUGCUCUAUGAACUACUGCAGUACGAGUCUUCUCUCUGACACACAUAUACAUACACAUACAGUUGAAGUCGGAAGUUUACAUACACUUAGGUUGGAGUCAUUAAAACUCGUUUUUCAACCACUCCACACAUUUCUUGUUAAACUAUAGUUUUGGCAAGUCGGUUAGGACAUCUAGUAAUUUUUCAAACAAUUGUUUACAGACGGAUUAUUUCACUUAUAAUUCACUGUAUCACAAUUCCAGUGGGUCAGAAGUUUACAUACACUAAGUUGACUGUGCCUUUAAACACCUUGGAAAAUUCCAGAAAAUUAUGUCAUGGCUUUAUAAGAUUCUGAUAGGCUAAUUGACAUCAUUUGAGUCAAUUGGAGGUGUACCUGUGGAUGUAUUUCAAGGCCUACCUUCAAAAUCAGUGCCUCUUUGCUUGACAUCAUGGAGAAAUCAUAAGAAAUCAUAAAAAGAACUCAGAAUAAAAUUGUAGACCUCCACAAGUCUGGUUCAUCCUUGGGAGCAAUUUCCAAACACCUGAAGGUACCACGUUCAUCUGUACAAACAAUAGUACGCAAGUAUAAACACCAUGGGAUCACGCAGCCAUCAUACCGCUCAGG